GUGUGUCGGAACUUAAAAAGAAAAGUUUUAAUUUCUUUAAUAUUGAUUUAUUUAAAAAUAAAACAAUUUAUUCUGAAGUUUUCCUUCGUAAGGAACGCAGGAUCAGUUCUUUCCGUUUUUCUGGAAAGAAGCUAAUGCCAGCAGUUGGAAGCAGUUAAUAUUCAAAAAGAACAAAAGUUAUCAAAUUUUGCCGCUUAAAUUCAUGGUAGACUUCCGUUUUUUUUUAUUUACUUAUUGCGGAAGUUAUCCACGCUAGAAAAUAAAUAGCCGACAGGAUGAACAGCACCGUGCCGACACUGUCAACCAUUCUGCCGAAUGUUACCAACACAACGACGACAGCUAUGCCAAAAGAAAACAAAUUUGACUGGCGCGAUAUUAUAAUUAUUAUCGCCUUAUGUAUAAUUCUUGUGAUAGGAGUACUUGGGAAUUGUCUGGUUUGCCUUUUGUUUCGAACGAGCAGAAAAACAAAACUAGGCACGAUGGAAAGCCUUAUAUUUUUGUUAGCCAUAGUGGAUUUAAUCGCGAGUAUUAUCAACCCCUCGCUGUAUAUUUACUGGCAAGUGACGUUUAACAAAAAAUGGCAUUUCGGUGUCGUGGCAUGUAAGAUUUUACCGACUAUAGCAAAGGCGACAGUUUCUGUCUCGCUUGGUAUUAUUUUGAUCAUCACAGUAGAUCGUUGUGUAAUUAUAGUUCGACCGUUUCAUCCGCAACCCCGAAAAUCAGUCAUUUAUGUCGGCGUUCUUCUUAUAGUGGUGAUAUCACUUAUCAAGGAGUUGCCAAAUAUUGUUUACUUGGAAGAUGUACCAGGAGUAACCUGCGUAGUCCCCGACGCGAGCAACCCGAAGUUUGUUUAUCCGUUGGUAAUAAUGAACAUAUUGCGGGAUCUUGUGUUCUUAACAGUGUUUGUAAUCACCUCGUUUUUGAUCUACAAUGAAUUGUAUAACAAGGAGCAUUUAGCUGCGUUAAAAGCUCAAAAAGAUAUCAAAAAAACGAAAGAAGUUGUAGUUAUGCUCAUCACAAUGGCCGUCGUAUUUAUCAUUCUCGUUUUCCCUCGUGACAUACUACAUACAGCAUACGCCAUUUCGUGGCUCUCUCCUCCGGGGAUCCCAUACACAAAAUUCGUACGCGAUAUUAACGCCAUUUUGAAAAUUUUACAUAUGUGCAACAGUGUGUGUAAUGUAUUCAUUUAUGCGGGAUUGCACGGUCGAUUUCGAAGAGAAUUGAUAAAUUUCGUCAAAAAGCUUUUCUGCCGUGUUGCUGAACGACGUAAAAUGACGCUAUAUUCUGAAACGUCGGCAUCAUAUGACGAUCAGUACAGUGCAUACUCAAACAAAAACAUCAAUUACGUAUGCCCUCCAACACAGUGGGAGGAAAACCAUAACUACAGACGCACAGUCACCAAUGUAACAACAAUGUCGGACAUAACCGACCUAUCACUUUUGUAUCCGAUUGAUAUGGAUGAAGAGAAAUUCCACCAACUUUUUGAGACAGACAUGUAAAGAUUUGUAGGCUUCAUUUAUUUUUUGAGAAGGUGGAAGCAAAACUCCCAGAAUUAUACAGCUUACACGUGAUAUUGUCUAAUUUCGCAUAAAUUGUGACACUCAUUCAUGGUGUUUCUUUUCUUAUUAUCAUAUAUUUCACACGUAAAUUAACUAUAUGUUAUCAACGAAGGAGAAGAAUUAAUGUAUUAUACUUCGAAAUGUAGAUAUGACACCAUACACCCUUUAUUGUGGAGAUCUUUCCUUUCUAUACCCUUCCUUGCCGCUGGUUGCUGUUUAAGCGCUCUUUUUUAUGUAGUUACAAAAUGGUAGAGUUUUUAGAAUUUUCAUUGGUUGUUGGAUAAGAUGUUCGCUGCAAACGUCCCAGAAGCGUUUAAAGAUUCUCACGCUCAAGUACAUGCUGUAGAGUAUACGUUGUGUAUUUUUAAAAUAUGACCAAAAAAUUAAGUUUUUAUACCGCGCGGCUAGUGAAUGCAAGAUUUUAAAUGUUAGCUAAUAUUUUCUUUCGUAGCUUCAUCUUAACUUUAACAUCUAGAAAAUG